AUAGGGAAUCUUAUUUCUGCUCCUCUCCAUCGCCAGAUAGCAGUACCAUAUCAUAUGCAACCCACUCUGCAAGACAGAAAAAACCCCUACCCUCCUCCUCUCCUCCCUUCUGCGAGUGCCAGCUUCUUCUACUCUCUUCUAAGAAUGGCGGUGUCUAGAGCUUUUGCUGCAAUGCUUUUGCCCAUCUUUGCUUUCGCCCUCGCUACCCUGCUUUCUCCUGCUGCUGCUCAGCCGCAACCUGCAGCUCCGACGCCUUCUCCUGCUGCUGCUCAGCCGUAUCCUGCAGCUCCGACGCCUUCUCCCACCAGCGACGGGACUUCUAUUGACCAGGGGAUUGCAUAUGUGUUAAUGCUUCUGGCCUUGGUGCUCACCUACCUCAUCCACACUUGGGAUGCUUCCUCCUAUGGCCUCUUCUAAAUAAAUUGUUUUUGGAGGACCUAUUUGGACUUAGAUCAGGGUGGGGAUGGGAAUGGGAAUGCCAUUUGUGUAAAGAACUUCAUAGGGAAAGAGGGGUUUGCGAUUGGUUUUAGACUCUGCAGAAUUCAUUUGACAGUUGGAUUUAAUGAUAUUGUUUUGGUGAUCUA